UGCAUGCAAUCGAUCGGCGCCGCUUUCAAAAAUUGAAGAGUUCAACUAACAAGCUAGGAGCUAGGCUAUCUGAGGUUGAAGUCUAUAUACAUGUAGGCCUACUCUGCAGAUUCAUUCCUGACCUGUUCAUUGAUCCGCCAUCAGCAUGGCAGAGGAGGAAGAGGGGCAUCUGUCGAUGACAUCAUCAGCGAACUUGACUGUGAAUCCAUUUGAUACUGCUAGUCUGGACAGCAUGCAUCUACCUGCAUUCAGCCCAUCUGUGUUCAAGUCUAGUCAGGACACGCCCUGUAGCAAGAAGAAGAGUGGCUUUCGGUGGUCCAUCGAUCAGAUGUCUCUGCUCUUCCCGGCUGAUAUAGACGAGUUACCCCAGCAACAGGAUGCAUCAUUCAUCCCAAAAGAGAAAGAGGAACAGGUCCAACAAGCAAUAAAUCAGUUCUUCUCACAGAAAGUAGUCGUCCCUUCUCCCUGGUCACAAUCCAAGCCGAUGAAACAGGUCACGUUCUCACCCAAACCACCAACCGUUAGCAUUUUAAGUGAGCACUCAGCAGACAAUUCCAUUUGUUCCUCAACCAAUGGAUCCUUCUUUGGGAGCGUGUCGGGAAAGGUAGAUGUGAGCUGUCAGACGGCCAUUACUCUUCCACUCAAUUUUGAUUUGGAAGCUUUUCUUGGAAAGGGUCGCUUCAUGUACACCAAAUCCAGCGUGGAAUCGUUCCCCGUCGCUCCCCUGAGGCGCAAACUCUUCACACAGAGCGAGUCCAGCUCCAAUGGAGUGCCCUCUGCCAGCCCUCUAUCGGCUAGUAGCAGGGAGAGCGGACCGUUCUCCCCCUCCAUCUCACCGAUCAAGUCCAGCCAGGAGUGCAGUCCAACAGACUACGGACGUAUGCCGAAGACCCCUAAUUCAGUUGAGAGCCAGUUUUCGUCCAGUCCAAUAGCUCGUUACAGGACCACCCCAAUUAGACCAGUCCCUCAUGUACAACUCCAAGCAUCACCCCUGUCUGGGAAAAUGGAUUCUCCCUUGAUGUCGCCAAUAAGAGAAGCCCCACAUAGCAAAGGUCUACCACCAAGCCCUAUUAUUGCACCCAGCCCAGUGGAGUCUCUCAGUAAUGGUGACCAUAUCUCACCCUUAAUCAUCAAGGGCAACUCACUCUACCAAUCCACAAAGCCUUCCGAUAACAUGAUGGAAACCAGUCUCUCCAAACCUGAUAUUCUCGAAUUCAGACCCCACAUGGCUGAGGUAGGAGAUGAAAAUAUAGGGAUGGAGGGAAGGAGAGACUUCUCUCAAGAAUUUAGCGGAACGGACGAGAAUAGAAGCGAAGGGGACAGACAGAUUGACCGAAGGAAAGAGUCUCCUCACAAGGGGAUCGACGAAUUUGGUGAUAGGAGUGACGGAGCGGAAGAAUUCGCUCACGGAUCGAUAGAAGAAUUUGAUGAGAACGAUGGAGGAGGAGAUGGAGAUGCGAUGGAGAGAAGGAAGGAUUUCACGCUUGGCUUGACCAGAGAGUUGAGCCCCAUACAGAGGAUUGGUGACCAUAUCUCAAUGCGAAAUGAACCAGGUUGCUCAUCAAGGCUACAUGGUACUCAAGAAGAGAUUAGUAUGGAUACCAGUCUUAUGAGUAACAGGGAUCACAUUCAGGAGGACAUUCAUGCAAGCAGUCCACCGAGGCAGAACAUACCAUGUGACUUCUCGCUGGAAGCCAGUACUGCCCUCAGCCCUAUACCAAAGACUGGUGACCUACCAAUCUCUCCUGUCAGGACCGAAGAAGGCGUAUCCAAAGACAGGGUCAAUGUCCAGUCUUUCAGAUCCAAGGCACGCCACAAGAUGGUCUCCUUCCACAUCGGGACAGAAUUCAGCCCUAUUAGGUAUCCGGAAAGCGGUGGUGAUCCUUUCUCGGGGCAAAGCAUGCCGAUCACGUCGUCACGAGUGCACGAUAGCAACACGGAACUGUUGAUGGAAACCAGUCUGUUUUCCCUGGAUGGACGAGAAGAGGUUGCGGGUGAUCGGCCAGAGAGAGUGGAGAAUCUUGAAGCCGAUGCAGGUGGUAAGGUAACAAAGUUCUUUCGGGCAGGUCCUCAGGAAGAUGCUACAGGGUUAGAAUCGGUGGACGAUGUAUCAUCAGCAGGGACUGGCGAUGUUCCAGAGAGAGAGAAACAUUUUGAGUCAGGUUGUGAAGAGCUUAGGGAAAACCUUAUCAAAGCUUCUAAACAUGGUGGGAUAAAAGAGGAUGGUUCGGACUGCAAGGACAAUUUCACUUCUUUUUCUGAAGACAUCGCCUCCCAUUAUCCUGCAAAGCCAAAGAUGUUCUUGAGAACUUCAAGUGCUCUGGACGGUGCUGUGUCCAACUCCUGCAGGUCGACCGAGUCAUGUGAUCAAUCCAGUGUAUCCUGGGUAGGGAAUACCUGUUCCUCGUCUUUGAAGCAUGGGACGCGUUCAGGAGAACAGUCUUAUCAAUUCCAGAGCCCAACGGUACCAGCAACGUGUCUGACAUCGACCAUGCGAUACGGCACACUAUCUUUCAAUCCACCAUUUGGAAUGCCUGUCAAGGGUGAUCGAAGUGCCAUCUCAGGAAUGGACCUUAGUUCUGUAUCCUUGAUAGCGAAUGCAUCUCCCAAAAAGGAGACCACUGAAAUGUGCAAAGGUAUAGGUCAGUCCUGUGACUUGACCCAUGGGCAAUUCCAACAAGAGUCUUCCAAAAAUCUUAGGUUUGAUGAAGUGCAAUUCUUUGACAGGGUUGAGGAUUGUCGGAUGCAGACGUCUUUUACAAAGAAGUCCGCCCCGAGCUCUAUGACAACAAGCCGGAGCUAUGACUCUUUGAGGAAGUAUGCAGAGGAGAGAGAGAACACAGAUGUCCAGGAAGAUUGGCUAAUGCUGUCUUUAUCCGAGGCAGAUCUGCAGAGCCAUAGAAGGGACUCUGUCGGAACGCAUUCAUCAAGCUUGCUCCAUCAGCGUGAAGAUACGGAACAUUGUCCUACCAUGCCACAAGGUCAUAUCUCCCAUCCCGUCUUUCAAAGAAGUACCUCAGAUCCACUCCAAUACCAAGAGGCUGACAUGCAGGAAGGCCCUAUCUCUUUGGACCUUCCACAUAGUCAUUCUGCCCAGGAUGUUCCUGCAAGAAGUGUAAGCCUCCAAAAUAAGACUCCUCUCUCCAGUCCGGCCACGGAAAAUGGUAAUCUAACCAACCUUCGUUCCCAUCAGAAACUCUUGAAUGACGCAAACAGGCAUGAAGAAGACAUCUCAGGCGAUAUCAGCAAAGCGGAAGCAACACCUCUAAGGCCUAUAUCGGUGAAUCUCCUUGCUCAGGUAACCAGGACAGGAGUUGAUAGUGGGUACAAUACACACUGUGCAAAUGUCUCUAUGGAUCUUGGAGAUGUCGAGAACAGCACUUGAUGGCGACGAAACAAUGCAUUGACACAUCUGGGCCCUGUUUUACAAAGAGCUGCGAUUUGAUCUGAUCUGAUCAACCACAACUAUGGACGGCAAGCAACAUCAACAUAUGCAUGUUUGUUCAAAAUAUUUUCUAGGUAUAAUGCGACAUGAUAUGAUUCACUGUUUUUCUUUAAAUUCAGUAUGCUCCUCUUUUGUUUACAAUAGACGUUGUGCAAAUUUAUUGUAACAAAAAUUAUGACACUGAUAGAUUUCCAUAUACAGUAGUUGAGGUUGAUCAUAUAAAUCACACCCCUUUGUAUGACAAGGCAUUGGAUGGCAUCUGUCACACUUUCUGGAUUUUUAUUGUGGAUGUAUUUACUGGUAUCAGACAAACAAAACAUGUGCAUGUGUGUCAUACAUCUCUCAGUCAAAUACACUUGGAAACUAUUAAAGGACAAGUCCACCCCCAAAAAAAGUUGAUUUGAAUAAAAAGACAAAAAUCCAACAAACAUAACACUACAAAUUUCAUCAAAAUCGGAUGUAAAAUAAGAAAGUUAUGACAUUUUAAAGUUUCGCUUAAUUUCACAAAAUUGUUAUAUGCACAUCCUUGCCGGUAUGCAAAUGAGGAGACUGAUGACGUCAUCCACUCACUAUUUCUUUUGUAUUUUAUUAUGUGAAAUAUGAAAUAUUCUAAUUUUCUCCUGGUUGUCAAGUGAAACAAAGAUUAAUUCCUCCCUGAACACGUGCAAUUAGCAUUGUUUAAUAUUAUAUGGUUCAGUCAAGUUUGUCCUUAUUGUCAAAUCUGUAAAAAAUGAAAUAUUAUAUAAUUCAAACAAUAAAAAACAAAAGAAAUAGUGAGUGAGGGACAUCAUCGACUGCCUCAUUUGCAUGUCACUGAAUUGUGCAUAUCACUGUUUUGUGAAAAAUAAGCGAAACUUUAAAGUGUCAUAACUUUCUCAUUUUACAUCUGAUUUUGAUGAAAUUUUCAGCGUUAUGUUAGUUUGAUUUUUCUCUAUUUAUUCAAAUCUACAUUUUUCUGGAGUGGACUUGACCUUUAAAAAGAUGGGUAUUUGUGAAUUUGACUGGCAUACAGGUAUAAAGCACAAGUGUAUAUACAUACAUGGAGGGCUUGGAGGUCUAUGGUCUAAGUCUGGCUUAAAAUUAUGGGAAGCAAUCAGAGUGUCAAGAAUUUGUUUAACUGUAAUUCUUCUUGUGUUCCUUCGCAUGGUUCAUUGGGGAAGAAAACUAUUGUAUUUAUCAUUCAAGAAUUUUGUUAAUGCCUUAUGUGGAAGUCAUUGUCUCACUUUCCCUGACCGUGCAGUUGUCCUAGGAUGAUUAGACCGUCUUACAAAGAGUUACCAUUGAUCCAAUCAAUCUCAACUGUAUUGAAAUCCAUCCACACCAUAAAAUUUUCUACAGGAAAUUUGCACAAUCUCCUUUAUAGUAAGCAAAGAGAAUCACACUGAAUCUUCAAGAGAAUGAUCUUAUCUAGAAAAUAUUUUGAACAAAAUUUUGCAUCUUAGAUGUUGACGUUGCUGGCCGUCCAUAGUUGUGAUUGAUCUGAUCAAUUGUAACUCUUUGUAAGACGGGGCCCUGAAGAAUUUCUUGCUUGUACACGACUUUGCUUUCCGCAAAGAUGUCUCUGUUACACGUUUUUCAAGUGUUUUUCACAAAGUAUGGGGUCAGCAAAUAUAAAUCCACUCCCCCCAAAAAGCCAAUGCACUAAUGACUUCGAGAAAUUAGAUAACUCAUUCUUUUUUCUUUCUUUUUUUUUGUUAAUAACAUAGGGUGGUGCUGGUUUUACAAUGAUAUUUUUUAUGAUAGAUUCAUCAAUGGUUGGUUAUGUACAUUAUUACAUCACAAUUAUCAAUUAUAGAUAUAUUUUUUUAAUUCAUGGUUUGCUUCUUCACAAAUUAUAUACAUGUAUGUAUGAUUGUAUAUGACAUUUCCCUGUGAAUUUGAAAUUUGUAUUUGAUUUUGAGAAUUAACAUUAUUUACUGGAGUACGUACUUCUGUUUACAUGUGUGUGAUAUGUUUUUCUCCCAGUUUUAUGAUUGAAAAGAUCUGGGGCAUGUUUUACAAAGAGUUAUUAUACUCGAUUCAAAUUGAAAUCAUAUUGGGAUUGAUCUCAAAUUAAAUUAAAGUCAAUCAUAAUUUGAAUUUGAAAUCAUAUUGGGAUUGAUCUCAAAUUGAAUUAAAGUCAAUCAUAAUUUAAAUUUGAAAUUAAUCUGUCACCACCAUUUGUAAGACAGGGCCUUAAUUUUGCAAAGGCUGCAUUGGAUUCACAAACACGAUUUAAUCUUAUUAAAGGGAAAUGAAAGCUUUGAAACAAGUGGGCUUGUGUAGAAACAGAAAAAUCAAAGAAACAAAAGAUCAAAGAAAGUUGAGAAAAAUCAGACAAAUAAUGAAAAAGUUAUGAGCAUUUGCGAUCACUAAAUGCUAUGGAGAUUUUGAUUGGUUUGCAUCCGAAAAGAUGGGCGGGAACUUAGAGAGAUAUGACAGGGAUAAAAAAGGUAGAAAAGGGUAGAAACAUUAUAUUUACAUUACAAAUUUUGAUUGUGGGCACCGGCCGGCAGUGCUCCCACCUCCCCCCCCCCCCCCAUCUGAUCUGCCACUGGCUUUUACAUCGCAAUGAGUGGGGAUUUCCAGGGCUCUUUCGAGCAAUUGGGGGGAGCUAAAUCACCCCCGCCCCGUGUGAUUUUUUUCCCCUCUAGUAUGUUACUGUAGCAGCAGGUUUGAAUUGGUCACCCUUUUAUCAUAUUGGGCUUGUUCAUUAUUUCUUAACUUUUUGCACGCUGAGUUAAUUUUGGCGGGAUUAUGAUGACAUUUGUUUCCAUGUUAUUUUCUUUAAUUCAAGAUUUCCAAUUUCCUUAAUUGAUAUAGAUUGAUAUAUGACUAUAGAUGUUACCCAAGAAUUAUUGCCUGUUAUUAGCUUAUCUGAUUUGAAGAUUUGGGGAGAAAACUAAUUAUUACGAUUGUUGAAUUUAAUUGUACGAAUGUGCAUGAUUGCAACAUCAGCGGGCAAUGGGUUAAUGAACCCAAUAAAUAAAUCACAAUUAUAUGCCAUUAUAUCUGCAUAUCAUAUAUAUGGAGUGACUCUACCUUUGUAAAUACGUCAGAAGAAUUCAUGUGCCAUAUUAUGUAGAAAAAUAUAAUUAGGUGAACAUGUAGAUGUAAUAUUUCACAUGUAUGAAAUAAAGAUCUUGAUUGAAUCAUACUAUGUAGUAUAUAUCAUACGCCAAA